AUUUUUCUUGGUGUCAAAUCUAUCAACGUCAAAGCUCUGUCAAAAAAUAAAAUGUGCAUGUAGCACGUGCAAGAUCGUGUUUAUUUACAAAAAUAAAAGUUAAUUUUAAUAAAAAAUGUCGCGACUUAUAGUGAAGAAUUUACCAAAUAAGGUAACAGUUGAAAAACUGAAAGAUAUCUUUGGAGAAAAAGGAGAAGUAACUGAUGUGCAGUUAAAAUACACUAAAGAUGGCAAGUUCAGGAACUUCGGUUUCAUUGGAUACAGGACAGAGGAACAGGCAUCACAGGCUAGGGAAUAUUUUGAUGGUACGUGCAUAAAUUCUAUGCAAAUACAAGUCCAAGUAUGUGCUAACCUAGGGGAUGAAACAAAGCCAAAAGCUUGGAGUAAAUAUGCACCUGAUAGUACAGCAUAUAAGAAACUCCAUAAAAAUGAAGAAGAAGAAAAGAAAAAAACUGAAAAGAAAGCAAAGAAAAUUGAGAAGAACAAGAAUAAAAUUAAAGAGCUUCUUAAAAAGCACAAGGAUGACCCACUUUUUGCGGAGUUCAUAGAAGCUCAUGUGAAUGACAAUACAGCUUGGAUCAAAGAAGCUCUGCAGUCUGCAUCUAAAAGUGACGAUGAGGAUGAAGAAGAAAGUAAAGAAAAUGCAGAGGUUGAUGAACCUCCUCCACCUGUCCCCAAUGAUGAUAAGACUAAGAAUGAAGAUGUAGAUAGAAAUAAGGAGAAACAAGAGAAAAAGGUUGCUAAUAAACCUAUUAGUGAUUUAGAGUACAUGAAAAUGCUUAUGAAGAAAGUGGGAGAUCCACCAAGUGAAAAAACUACAGAUGAUACUACUGCAACAAAUGAACAAGAUCAGCAGCCAAAGAAAAUAAGAAAUAGACCUUUAUUUCAUGUUAAAAUUAUGGGUCUACCAUACAAAUGUAAGAAAAAGGACAUAAAAGAAUUCUUCAGACCGCUGGUUCCCUUUUCAAUAAGACUGCCCUAUGGAAAAGGGAAAAAAGUCACCGGAUUCUGUUAUGUUGGAUUCAGAACUGAGAAAGAGUUGAAAAAGGCUCUAGGGAAAGACAAGUUAUUUUUAGGUAAUCACCGUGUACAAGUACAUAAAUAUGAGGACAAAUCAAAAAUAGCUGAAGAAGAGAGAGAAGAAUCAACAAGAAAGAGAAGGGAAGAGAACUCCAACAAUGAAGAGAGCAUUGGCGAAAGCGGUAGCAUAUUCGUGCGAAACUUAGCAUACGUGGUGUCUGAGGAAGAAAUAACGAGCUUAUUCGAAAAGUAUGGUCCACUCGCAGAGGUCAACAUGCCCAUUGAUCCCAUUUCGCGCCAACCAAAGGGAUUCGCAACAGUAACGUUCGUGAUGCCUGAACAUGCUGUGAAAGCAUAUUCUGAGCUAGAUGGCACCGCUUUCUGCGGUAGAAUGCUUCAUUUACUGCCCGCCAAAACCGAAAAACUUGAAAAUGAUGACGAUGAUGACGAGGGUUUAUCGUUCAAAGAAAAGAAGGCUAAGAAGCUGAAGGCUCAAGCGAAGUCUUCACACAAUUGGAAUGUGUUGUUCUUGGGCACGAACGCGGUUGCUGACGUCAUAGCGUCCACUUACAGCACCACUAAGGAGCAGUUACUUAACGACAAUAAUAAGAACACAAGCGCAGCGGUAAGACUGGCACUAGGUGAAACACAGCUGGUAGCUGAAACCAAAGCUUUCCUUGAAGAAAAUGGAGUAUAUUUAGAUGCUUUCAAUAAACCUGCCAAAAAAAGAUCUAAAACGUGCAUACUCGUAAAAAAUUUGCCUGCAAACACAGAGAAAGAAGAAAUAAAGUCAUUGUUUAUAAAACACGGACAAAUAGCGAGAUUCUUAAUGCCACAACAUGGCAUAACCGCUCUUGUUGACUUUAUUGAACCAUUCGAAGCUAAGAAAGCAUUCACUAAAUUAGCAUAUUCGCAAUUUAAAAGUGCACCGUUGUACUUGGAAUGGGCGCCAGAAAAUGUAUUUAUUAAAUCUGCUGAGAAAUCUGAAUCAAAUAAAUAUGAGGUUGAUGAAGAGAAAGAAUCUAAAGUCGUUGAAAAUAAAGUCGAAACACAAACCUCGGCUGUAUCUAAUCAACUUGAAGAGAAAAAGGAAGAUAUCAAAAUCGACGAUGAGGCCGAACUUGAGGAACCCGAAAAUGAUACGACAUUAUUUGUUAAAAAUCUUAACUUCAAGACUACUGAACAAAGUCUAAAAGACCAUUUUUCAGUUGCUGGCAAAGUCUACAGUGUCACCAUUGCAAAAAAGAAAGAUCCCAAAAAUCCUGGACAGGUUCUUUCCAUGGGUUAUGGCUUUGUGCAAUAUUAUAAAAGAGAAGAUGCUAACGAAGCACUCAAGAAUCUUCAAGUCUCUACACUUGAUGGAAAGUCAUUAGAAUUGAAGAGAUCAGAACGAGGAAAUACGAACGGCGUAAGAACUUCUAAGAAAUCUACUAAAGAUUCUACGCAGAAUGGUACCAAAAUACUGGUACGAAAUGUACCCUUCCAAGCCAACAGAAACGAAUUACACGAAAUAUUUAGGGCAUUCGGAGAACUUAAAACUUUGAGACUACCCAAAAAACUAUCUCCUGGAGCGGACCAACAUCGUGGUUUCGCAUUUGUGGACUAUUAUUCCAAGGCAGAUGCAAAGUCUGCUUUUGAUGCUCUGUGUCAAAGUACCCAUCUUUACGGAAGGCGGUUAGUUCUUGAAUGGGCAGAACAAAGUGAUGAUACAGAAGAUGUCAGCAUGUUAAGGAAACGAACUGCGCAAAGUUUCAAUGCACAAACUCCAGGAGGCAAGAAAAAUAGAAAGGGAGCAGUUGACGUAGAGAAGUUUGUUGAGGGCGAAAAUAAUGUUAUGUAAAUAAA